AUUGGCGGCUGCCCUGUAAGUAGCUAGUGGUUACUAUACAAGGGAAUGAACCAGUUCGAAGCAGAAGAUAACUUCUCUCUUUGAUCUUAAUUAUCCCGUAUUAAAGUCGUUACGGAACUAUCAGUCUGCCAUAAUGCGACGUUUCGGAUCUGUGCAGCAAAAGAUACCUUGUGUGUUUCUGACUGAGGUGAAAGAGGAACAGUCCAGAAAACGCGAAUGUCAGCAAUUUCAGGUUGUAGCCACCGAAAAUGUGAACCCUAUAGCACUGGAAUCGAAUAUUGACGGUGCACUUACCACAGAAAAGCUGGAUGGCACCUGCUGCUAUGUUUCCAUUUAUAAAGGGCAAUCAUAUCUCUGGGCUCGACUAGACCGGAAGCCCACCAAGCAGGCAGACAAGAGGUUCAAGAAGCAUCAGUAUUCCCACAAAAGUUGCAAAGGUUUCACCUGGAAUGUGAAAGAAGACUUUAAGAUGGUUCCAGAGUCUUGGGUCCCAGCACACAGAGUUCAGCACCACAAUGGACAGCCUGUACCAGAUGAGCACGGACACAUCCCAGGUUGGGUUCCUGUGGAGAAAGACAACAAGCAGUACUGUUGGCACUCCUCUGUUGUGGACUAUGAUGCUGGGGUAGCGCUGGUUCUGAGGCCCAGUGCUGAGAAUGAAGACCUGCUAGAGAUCACCAUGAUACCACUGGCUGAUCUCCUGGAGCAAACCCUGGAGCUUAUUGGAACCAACGUCAAUGGGAACCCAUAUGGGAUGGGAAGUAAAAAGCAGCCUGUCCACGUCCUGGUUGCCCAUGGGAGUGUGCGCAUCAGGAACCCUCCCCCGGUGGACUACCAGCAGUUGUGUUCCUGGUUCCAAGACAAUCAGGAGGGCCGUGUUGAGGGGAUCGUCUGGCACUGUAAUGACGGGACCCUGGUCAAGCUCCAUCGUCAUCACCUGGGGCUGAGAUGGCCGGACGGCGACACCAUCCUGAACGCUCGGCCUGUGGUCGUCCACGUCGACGGGACCAUACGAGAGUAUGACAUCACCAGCAAGGACUUGUUUACAUCUCUCUCCCAGUUAAACGGACAUCGCUUCAGCAGACUGCAGGACAUCCAGUUUGACCCUUAACCUUAAUUUAACCAGGAAGUCCCAUUUAGGUCAGAAGACCUUUGUCCCUAAAUCCACCAGGAGCCGCCCGGAAUCUUAAGAAACAUUCCUGUUUGUAAUAGUCCAUGAGUCAGUGAGGUUGGUCAGGCUCACUUGGGGUAACAAUGUCUCAUAGUGAUUUUUUGAAGGUCUAUGUCCCUAGAGUUGAAAAUGUGUGACAGCAAUGGCAGCUUUCUGUAUUAUCACUCCAACCCAUGUAUUCUUCCCAUAGGGAUUUUACCCUAUGACAAACAAUGUCAGUAUACAACAAGUUAUUGCUCACGUAUACCCUGUAAUCAUAUAGCAUUGGAAAGCUUAGAUUCACAGCUAUCCAUCAGAUACAUUCUCGCAAUGUUCAGGUCAACAGAACUUUGACCUCUAUGGUACAUAUUAGAUGUACCUGUAUAAAUUGCUUUAAAAAGGAAAUCCUGAUACAUUUUAAACUUUGUUUAACAAAGGUCAUGAAAUAACAUUUCAAAUUAUAUAUAAUAUAACCAACUUUGAAUGCGCUAGCUACAACUAUUUAAAAAAAAUCUCCCAUAUUGUGCCAUUGACAUUAGAAUGUUUUAAGCUUAACCAUUGAAUUACAUAUAAUGGGGCAGCUAUGUUUUUGGAUUGUAACUUUGGUGAUGGAAGCACCAAAUUUCACACGCUCAGCUAGAACAGGGUUUAAAAAAUAUUUGUAGGUACAGGCCCAUUACAGGAUUCAUGCAUUAACCCCACAGAAGCCUUUUUCCAAUAUGGCCGCCAAACAACUCAAUUGGGUCUUAUUGGAUACAUUUAGCAUUACCAUACCUGUAUGAAAUAUAGUUGUAUUAUGCCCAAUAAUAACCAAAUUAACCAGGUGUGCCAGAUAUAUAAAUGUUAAAUUAUUGACAGAAUUGUGGUAAGAAUUGCUGAUUUCUGAAGAUUUUAUGAUCAAUAAUUGCAAUAUUUAAUCUCCAAACCUUUAAAAUUGAUUUAUACAUGUAAAUAGUCAUGGAUGUGGGCUGAUUUAAAAUGAUAUACAAUGUUAUCCUAUUAACUGUUUUAAUUAUGAGGACUAUAAACCUGCCAUGUACAUUCCAUUACAAUGUAGUCAAAUCCUAUGUUGGGCCUGUUGAGGUUAUACUUUUAGUAUUCUAGUCGCAGACCAACCUGCUAUGGCCCUAUAGAAUACAUCUUGAUUUAGACUAUGUGUAAUGGUUUGCUGCUCUCAUCAUCCAGAUAUUAGGUUAAAACGUAUUGGCAUUCCUAUGGAAUUUUACAUUGUAAUGUUUCCAGUCCUCUGUUAAUGAAAACAGUUAAUAUCAUUUUCAUCAGCUCACAUCCAUGACUAUUCACAUGUACAUAUCCAUUUUACAUGUUUGAAGAUUAAAUAUUGCAAUUACUGAUCAUAACAUCUUUGGAAAUCAGUGAUUCGGACAACUUCUUGGGCACAUUCUAACCACUAUUAUGUCAAUAAUUUAACAUUGUUAUAUAUCUGGCACACCUGGCUAAUUUGGUUGUGUAUUCUACAUCACUACGAACAUUUUAAGAUAUUAUUGGGCAUACUAGAAUUAUUUCAUACAGGUAUGGUAAUGAAACAUUUAUCCAAUAAGACCCUAUUUAGUUGUUUGGUGGCCAUAUUGGGAAAAUAAUUCUGUGGGGUUAAUGCGUGAAUCUGGUGAUGGCCCUGAACACUCCAAGAAUGUAUCUGAUGGAACACACAGAAAGCUACCAUUGCUGCACUACUAUCACACAUUUUUCAACUCUAGGGACACAGACCAUAAAAAAAAUCACUGCGACAUCGUCACCCCAAGUGAGCCUGGCUCCAGGACUGUAAACUUCCAUACUGUAUUACCAUUAGUAUGGUUGAACCAGACUGAAUAGUGAGUGCAGCGUUCAAUCUGGUUUAACCAGGCUAUAUGUCUUCCAAUACAGUGGGGGAAAAAAGUAUUUAGUCAGCCACCAAUUGUGCAA